AUGUGGGAUCGAUCGUGGAGUCCAACGAGAAGCUACCUGCGCAACCACGAUCACGAGACCGACGUGAAUUACACGCUGGAGAUGUGCCGAUGGCUGCUGAAGCCGAUCGGCGUGUGGACGCUGAUCUACCAUCGCGCCAGCAACCUGGAGAGGGCCGUUUCCAUGCUGCUGCAGGUCGCCUGCUUCUCGUGCCUCCUCUUCAUCAUCCUGCCGUCGGCCAACAAUAUCUUCUUCGUGGAGAAGGACAUACAGGUCAAAGUGAAGCUGCUGGGCCCGGUCGGUUUCUGCAUGUUCUCGGCGGUCAAGUAUUGCUACAUCGGCGCGAAGGGCAAGAUCCUGGGUCGCUGCAUCCAGCACGUCGAGAAGGACUGGAGAACGGUGGACGAGCAGGGUCACCGGGCCAUCAUGCUGAAGCACGCGUCCGUCAGCAGACACCUGAUCACCGUGUGCAUCAUCUUCCUCUAUACGGGAGGCAUGUCCUAUCACACGGUCGUGCAGUUCCUGUCGAAGGCGACGCGCAGACAGAACGUCACCGCGCGACCGCUAACCUACCCCUGCUUCAACUUCCUCGACGUUCAGUCCACUCCUACCUACGAGAUCGUCUUCUUCCUCCACUGCGCCGCGGCGAUGAUCAUGUACACCGUCACGUCGGCCGCGUACAGUCUGGCCGCGACCUUUGUCAUGCACAUCUGCGGGCAGAUACAGAUCCAGAUAGUGCGGCUGGAGAACUUGAUCGGCGGACACAGGGAGAAGGACGGGUUUCACGAGCGUAUGGCGGUCAUUGUUCGGGACCAUGUCCAGAUACUGAGGUUCUCCAAGGAUGUCGAAGAAGCUUUGCGCGAAGUUUGCUUGACAGAGAUAGUUGAAUCCACGUUAAUUAUAUGCAUGCUCGAGUAUUACUGCAUGAUGGAAUGGUCGAACAGCGAUGCCAUCGCGAUACUGACGUACUUCACCUUGUUGAUCUCCUUCACGUUCAAUAUAUUAAUAUUUUGUUAUAUAGGUGAAAUUCUAUCUGAACAGUGCAGUCGAAUGGGAGCAGCCUCUUAUAAUAUCCGUUGGUACAAUUUACCGGCGAAAAAGGCCUACAAUCUCGUCCUGCUGAGCGCCAUAUCUCUUUAUCCGCCUAAACUCACGGCCGGCAAAAUAAUUGAACUGUCCUUAAACACGUUCGGCGUUAUCGUGAAGACGUCGGUUGUUUACCUGAACCUGUUACGCACAGUCACUACCUUUUAGUAUAAUGACAAUUAUCUACAACCGUUACUUUGCUGUGUUAUUGAAUGAAUUUAUUCGAAUCUUCAUACGGAUGCCCAACUCGUUAUACAUCAUACGUGGCUAAAUCUUCAGCUAUGUAUAUUAAAAUGUGAUGGUCUUAAUUUUAAUGUAUGGAAACAUUUUUAUACAUUAAUUACAGAAUUAAAAGGUUAAUUAUUCUAAAUUAGGGGAGAAGAGUAUCUUAUAAGAAAGACACAAAUAGGUAAGCUGUAUUACACGAUACGUUCCUAUGGCACAUACAUUUUUCUAAAACUUUUAUAA